AUGUCGUCGUCCAUGCACUUCUCGCAUCUCCGAAAAUGGUUCAUCGCUUCUCCCCCCGUCGAAUUCGUGAUCAACAGAGUGCGAGAGUUGCUCCUCGGUGCCUUGAGGCAGGGUCCCAUACCACAACAUAUCGCCUUUGUCAUGGACGGAAAUCGGCGCUUUGCAAAGAGCCAUGGAAUAGAGACUAUUGAAGGACAUCAUCUCGGUUUUGAAGCUUUAGCUAGGAUACUCGAGGUUUGCUAUAAAAGCGGAGUGAAAGUAGUUACAAUCUACGCAUUCAGUAUCGAGAACUUCAACAGAUCGCAAUUCGAAGUGAACGGGCUUAUGGACAUGGCGAACGUGAAACUCGCGCAACUUGCUCAACAUGGAGAUAUUUUAGACAGAUACGGGGCUAGCAUUCGAUUCCUCGGGCGCAAAGACCUACUCAGACCCGACGUGGUUGCAGCAGUGGACCGAGCCGUCGAAGUUACGAGUCGCAAUGGAGAUAAAAUCUUGAAUAUAUGCUGCCCUUAUACUUCGAGGGAUGAAAUGACGCACGCCAUACGGCAAACAGUGGUUGACUAUAGCACACCUUUGGAAACAACAAGGGCGAAUGGGGGACGAAAACCGUUCUCCGAAUCACACAUUGCAUCAAAUAUUCGUGCGCAGACCCUUCAGAAUAUGAAGGACCAGGAUGGCAGUGCAGACUCGGACUCGGCAUCUGCAUUCUCACAAGAUGAAGAUAACGGCUCSCCCMACGUCAACCAAGCAAACAAAGWAUAUGACUCGCCCUCGUCCUUUUCAUCAUCUACUACCCUCCACCUUAACGGACAAGCCGCCGGCAGUCCGGACUAUCUAUCAUCAGAAUUCAUCACCUCUCAAACACUGACAGAGCGCAUGUAUACCGGAAACAACCCUCCUAUCGAUAUUCUUGUGCGAACCUCCGGCGUUGAGCGACUGAGCGACUUUAUGCUCUGGCAAUGCCAUGAAGACACCGAAAUAGCGUUCUUAGAUGUCCUUUGGCCGGAAUUCGAUCUGUGGCAUUUCCUUCCCGUCCUCUGGAAGUGGCAGCGACGGAUGACGAAAGCGUGGAAAGGCGAAAAUGCUCUGGACAAUGACGAAUGGAACAGUGCGAAGAACGCCAACAUUCUCGUUCCGGAGACCAAGACGCAAGUUGAGGCAUUUUAA